AUGGCCAGGCAUAGGAAGAGCCUCCACACCACCUGGAGGGGCGGGCCGGGCUGGGGCCCGGCCACACUAAUCUGGAUUCCUCUCCUUUUGGGUCUCCUGGCAGGGCUGGGGGCCACGGAGGCCCAGCAGACAACCCUGCACCCACUCGUGGGCCGUGUCUUUGUGCACACCUUGGACCACGCCACCUUCCUGCGCCUUCCAGAGCAUGUUGCUGUGCCACCCACCGUGAGCAUCACCUACCAGGCCCACCUCCAGGGACGCCCAGACCUGCCUCGGUGGCUCCGCUACACUCAGCGCAGCCCCCAGCAACCUGGCUUCCUCUACGGCACGGCCACCCCAGAAGAUCGUGGGCGCCAGGUCAUCGAGGUCACUGCCUACAAUCGGGACAGCUUUGACACCACUCGGCAGAAGCUGGUGCUAUUGAUUGAGGAUCCAGAAGGCCCCCUGCUGCCAUAUCAAGCUGAGUUCCUGGUGCGCAGUCAUGAUGUGGAGGAGGUGCUGCCUUUGACACCUCAAAGCCGCUUCCUCACAGCUUUGGGGGGGCUCUGGGAACCAGGGGAGCUGCAGCUGCUCAACAUCACUUCUGCCUUGGACCGUGGGGGCCGUGUCCCCCUUCCUAUUGAGGGCCGCAAGGAAGGGGUAUACAUCCAGGCGGGCUCUACCACGCCCUUCUCUACCUGCCUGAAGAUGGUGGCGUCCCCCGACAGCCACGCCCGCUGUGCCCAGGGCCAGCCUCCGCUUCUCUCCUGCUACGACACCCUGGCACCCCACUUCCGCGUUGACUGGUGCAAUGUGUCCCUGGUGGAUAAAUCAGUUCCGGAGCCUGCGGAUGAGGUGCCCACCCCAGGUGACGGGAUCCUGGAGCACGACCCGUUCUUCUGCCCACCCACCGAGGCCACAGCUCGGGACUUCCUGGCGGAUGCCCUGGUCACCUUGCUGGUGCCUCUGCUGGUGGCCCUGCUGCUCACGCUGCUGCUGGCCUAUAUCAUGUGCUGCCGGCGGGAGGGACGGCUGAAGAGAGACCUGGCCACCUCUGACAUCCAGAUGGUCCACCACUGCACCAUCCACGGGAACACGGAGGAGCUGCGGCAGAUGGCGGCCAGCCGCGAGGUGCCCCGGCCGCUCUCCACCUUGCCCAUGUUCAACGUGCGCACAGGCGAGCGGCUGCCUCCCCGCGUGGACAGCGCCCAGGUGCCCCUCACCCUGGACCAGCACUGAGGGCCCUGCCAGAGAGCAGCUGCAACCCAGGCCACGGCUCGCCUGCUGAUUCGGCUCCGGCUCCGGCUCCAGCUCCGGCCCCACUGGCCCCAGGCUCUGAAUAGGCAGAGAGAUGGGGCGCAGUGGGGUGAGGGUGUCGCUGUCAGGACCCACAGAAUAAAUGUGCGCUGCUCUGAAUAAAUACAUCGCCACCAGU